AUGGCAAAAGAAGAAGAGUCAUUAUUUAAAUUAUAUGAAGAAGUAGGUGAAGAAGGAAGUAUAAAAGAGGUAUUUAAUAAAGAUACAAGAGAAAGAAGUAUUAAUUAUAUUAUUCAUUUCUUUGGAGCAAGUAGACAAAGUGAUAUAACAAUGUUUUAUGCAAGUAAGAAAAAAGGAAUAAAAAAGAAUGAAUAUCAAAUUAAAUUUUAUUUGCAACCACUUAAAGGAAAGUUUGAAGGAGAAAGAUAUUAUUCUAUUUUACCAUCAAAUUUUAAAAUCAUUUCAGUUGCAUGGAAUAAAGAUAAAGAUUGUAUUUUAUAUGUUCUUAAAAUGAUUAAUGCAAAUUCUUCUCGAUAUGCAUUAUUUUGUACAGGAAAUAAAGCUUCAUAUGAAGCAGUUGAAAUACAAGUAUCAACACAACCUAUUGAAGAAUAUUUUACAAUUCAAUCAAGUGAAGAAGAAUCAAAAAAUAAUUUUUAUUUAAUAUCAAGUAAUUGGGUUAAAUUAGUUACUAUUCAUCAAAGAAAUAUUAGGAAAAAUGAAGUAUUGACAGUUUCAUCAAGAUAUCGUGAAACAUAUUGCUCUGUUUGUACAUACAAUGGAUAUGUUUAUUUAUUUACAUUAAGUGAAAUUUCAAGAAUACCAAAUGGGAUGUUAGAAAGUGAUAAAAUAGAAAAAAUUAAUAUUAAAAAUAGUCAAUAUUAUGAGAAGUUUAUGGUAUUAUAUCAACAAUAUAAAAUUGCAUUACAUGUUAAAUGUUCUAAUAGUGCAUUAGAACAAAUUAGUUGUAGUGGAUUAGAUAAAUAUUCAUUUCCAAUUACAGUAAAUCAAGGAUCAGAUCAAUUUGGGAAUGAAAAAGUAGGAGGAGGAGCAGUUAUAAUGACUAAAUGCAUUUUAGAUAAUUUGUUUGUUAUUUGUUUAAGUAAGAAUUAUUGUAUUGUUUUAAUUACAAAACCAAAUUCAAAAGAAUUUGAAUGUAUUUAUGAAGAUUGGAGUGAAGAAGAUAAAUAUAUGAAUAUUUUUUAUGGAUUUGAAUUAUUUUUCAUUAUUAGUAAACAAGGAGUAAUAGUAUUAAAUACUACUAAUUUACAAUAUGUAUUUAUCAAUACAAAAACAAACCAACUUAAUACUAUUUCUUCAAUUGGAGAAAAAAGAAUGAAUGGAGGAAGAAAGAUAGUUAGUAUAGAUACACAUACAUUAGAUUUAAAAUUAAUUGGAUUAAACGAAAUAUUCUUUAAUUAUGUUAAUGAUCCUAUGAUUAAUUAUACAUUUUUAUCUCAUGGAUUUUAUCCUAAAGGUGGAAUUAAUCCAUUUUGUUAUAUUAAUUUUAAUAAUCCAACAAGUGAAGAAAUUAUGGAAAAUAUUAUUUUUCAAUUAGGCAGUUAUGUUCUUGGAAAUGAAAAUUCAAUUUAUCGUAAUUUAUUAUGUCGUACUGUAAAUAAUGAAGGAAUUUAUAGACUACCAUUUCCUCAUGAAGGAUUUGAAUUAACAAAAUAUUCUACAUUAUUACCAUUUAUGAAAACUGCAACUAAUGGAACUCUUUUAACAAAAGAUCAAUGGAAAUCAAAAAUGGGUAAUAUUAUAGAAAUGUUUUAUAAAAAGAAAUUAGAUUAUAAACAAUUUGUUGAUUCUUAUUUUGCUAAAUUAGAAGAAAUUUUACGUAUGAUUAGAAAGAAAUUUAAUGAAACAAUUGCUAAUCUUAAUGAAGAAAGAAUGAUUCUUGAAACAAUAUUCUUUAAUGGUUGUAUGAAUAAAGUCUAUAAAGAACUCGCUUUAGAAAAAGAAGAAGAUUAUUGUGAAGUAAAUGUUAAAUUUUUUCAAUUAUAUCCAUUUGAAAUUGUUGUUCAAUUUGACUCACUUGGAAUAUUUGAAUUAUCAAUAAGUGAAGCAAGUACAAUAUUAAAUCAAAUUAAGGUUCAAGCUGAAAGAUUGAAAGAUCCUCAUUAUAAAAUUAAAGAACAAUUAUUUGUUAUAAGAAAAUUAUGUUCAAGUGAUGAAGAAUUUAAAGAAAUGUUAAAUACAAUCACUUCUUAUAAAUUUAAUAACACUUUAAAAUGUCAAAAGUUAGAUAAAUAUUAUUCUUUUUAUAAUGAAACUUCUCCUGAAAUGAUUUUUAAAAGAAAAGUUGAUGAAAUUAUUGUUACUCCACCAACAACUACUCAUUUAAAGGAAAAGAAAUUAUUAAAAUUCUUUACUUUAAAUUAA